AAGUCAAUAAAACACUACAGUAAUAAUAAUCCGACAGAUAUUAUUAUACAGAGAAUAGUCAGAAGCAGCAUCUCUCCCUUUUAUGGCGACUUCAAAAUUCCAGGCUCUAUGGAAUCACCCUGCUGGUCCAAAGACCAUUCAUUUCUGGGCACCAACCUUCAAGUGGGGCAUCAGUAUAGCAAAUAUCGCUGACUUUGCUAAGCCUCCUGAAAAGAUUUCAUUACCCCAGCAAAUAGCUGUUACAGCUACUGGACUUAUCUGGUCUCGCUAUAGUUUGGUAAUUACUCCGAAAAACUGGAACCUCUUCAGUGUAAAUGUGGCAAUGGCUGGAACAGGCAUAUAUCAACUUUCGCGAAAAGUUCGGCAUGAUUAUUUUAACGAGGAGGAGCAACCUGUGGUAGCUAAAGAAGGAUGAUGAAAUUGUUAUUAGUCAGGAUUAUUGAAUUCCUGAGCUUUGAAUACAAUUUGAUGUUUAGUCCUUUUUCUCUAUACUUGCUUCUGAUAUACUUACCACUGUUCAUGUGGUGAUUUGAUAAGUGAUUGGGUGCAUAAUCACAGUUGAUAAUCUGAAAUUUCUUUGUAGAUUAUGGGAAGAAAGAAUGGCAUCAUGUUUUUAGA